CACAAUUUCUUUAUUGUUUUCAUGAUCCAAAGUCAAUGUAAACUUUUCUGGGCAUCUUCCUAUAUAAUGCAAACCCCAGAACACUUCACUUUGCACAACACUUGGAAAUACCAAUCCAUAAGCCACGAGACGAUAAUGUCACUUCCAUUAUCCAUCCUCUUCUCCUUCACUUUACUUCUUCUCUAUGCACUCCCUCUACAAGCAGCAUUCCUCUCACCAGUGCGAAAGGACCAUACUACCCUCCAAUACACCCUCCCAAUCCUCCUAAAAACCCCUCUUCAACCCACCCAACUCGUCCUCGACCUCGGCGGCUCCUUCUCCUGGAUCAACUGCUACAACAAUUACACUUCCUCCACUUACCACCACAUCUUCUGCGACACUCCUCUCUGUACUUACACCCAAUCCUUCGCCUGCGGCAAUUGUUACGACAAACCCUUCGGUCCCAAUUGCGCAAACAACACUUGCGAUCUCUUCCCCGAAAACCCAAUCAUUCGCGACCGUGGGCUCGAUUCAGUGGGCCUGGAUGACGCUCUCACAGACACCCUCGCAUUGCCCACCACGGACGGCAAGGCCCAAGGCCCACUGGGCCUUGUCCAUGACUUUAUCUUCUCUUGUGCGAAAGCGUCGCUUCUCAAGAAGCUCGCGAACGGGGCCACUGGUAUGGCUGGGCUGGGCCGGUCUAACAUUUCUUUACAAGCGCAGGUUAGUGACUCUGUCUCCGCGUCUCGUUAUUUUGCGCUGUGUUUGUCGGGGUCUAAGACGGAUCCGGGUGUGGUUUUCUUCGGUACGGGUGGGCCGUAUUAUUUUUUGCCCAAGAUUGACCUUUCGUUGUUCCUUAUUUACACUCCACUCCUCGUGAAUCCAUCGGGAAGCACACUAAUCGUGUAUCCUCAUCCGUCCGAUGAGUAUUACAUUGGUUUGACUUCCGUCGUAGUCAACGGGAAAGUUGCGCCAAUUAAUGCGUCUCUGCUAGCCAUUGAUGAGUCUGGAUUCGGUGGGACCAAGAUCAGCACCGUUAAUCCAUAUACAGUGCUACAGAGUUCUAUCUACAAGGCAGUGACUGAAGCGUUUGUUAAAGAAUCAGCUACUUUUAACCUCACAGUAACAAAGCCGGUCAAGCCAUUUAGUGUAUGCUAUCCGGCGGGCCAGAUCAUGAGUUGGCGCGUGGGACCCAGGGUACCGACCGUUGAUCUUGUGCUACAUAGCAAGAGCGUGGUUUGGAGAAUCUAUGGAUCUAAUUCAAUGGUCAGGAUUAUAAAGAAGGGUUUGGAUCUGUGGUGCUUGGGAUUCGUUGAUGGUGGGGCCAAAGCGAAAACAUCGAUCGUGAUUGGAGGAUAUCAGAUAGAGGACAAUUUGCUACAGUUUGAUCUGAAGUCAAACCGAUUGGGGUUGACUUCAUCCAUUUUGGUUCAUGGAACCACGUGUGCUAACUUUAAUUUCACUGCAAAAUCCACGAAGAUCUGAAAAUCCGCAAGAGAGGAAUGAAAUCAACCCUAAAAUCAAUAAAAUUAGUGCUUCGGAAAAAGCUAUGCUAUUACUGAAGCAAUUUUGUCGUUUACUCACAGAUUUAUGAUAAGAGAUCCCAAUAGAUAGUUGAUAUACCAA